CCAGCUGGGUAUUCUACUUCCGCUGUAAACCAGACAGCAUGGACGGAUAUCAGCUUUUCCGAAAACUUGGUUUCGGAGCUAAAUUUGAUUUAAAGCGCUUUCACAGUGAUGCUGAAAAGUUAAGGAUUGUGAGUUCUAAACCCGAACCUAGACGUGGAGCUGGAAGAGAACUUGCCCAACAAGAACACCCCAGAGAUGAUGAAGUGAUCAGUGAAGAGGACGAUAAGCAUUCAAUCAAGAAAAGAAAAAUAUCUUCGCAUGAUCAACCUGCUCAUCAUGAUGGUCCAACAGCAACAAAGAAACAGAAACAAGAAGAUGACUCUUCAAACAGUGAUACUGGAUCUUCAGACAGUGAUGAGGAUAGUGAUAAAGCUGAUACUGCAACAAAAGAUGCAGAGAUGGAUGUCCAGGAAACUGGAUCUGAAUCCAGUGAUGAUGAAACAGAUUCUGAGGAGGAGGAUGACGAAGGGAAUUCUGGCUCGGAGAUUGACUCUGGUGAUGAACUACAGCUGCUUGGGAACAUCAGAUCAUCAGGGAAGAUUGAGGAUGAGGGUCAGCAGACCCAGAACACAAAGAACAGACAGCAGAAGAAGGCAGACGGGCAGCACAGUAAAGCAGACGCAAAGGAGAAGAAGUUGAAUAAAUUGAGGAAGCGACACAAACUCCAUGUGACAGGCACAGACAUCCCGCCCCCUCUUACCACGUUUGAACACCUCCAGACCCAGUACGGCCUCCACAAAACCAUCCUGGCCAACAUCUACAGCAUAGGGUAUAAGGAACCUACUGCAGUACAAAUGCAGGCUAUUCCAACCAUGUUACAGAGACGUGACAUAAUGGCAUGUGCCCCAACAGGCUCAGGGAAGACAGCAGCAUUUAUCAUCCCGAUACUGCAUCAUCUGAAGGAGCCGCGCAACUCUGGCUUCAGGGCAGUCGUACUUGCUCCAACCAGAGAACUAGCCAAACAGACUUACAGGGAGUUCCAAAGAUUGUCAGAGGGUUUAGGAUUCAAGAUAUACUACAUUGAAAAGGCAGCAACUGCAAUUAAAAAGUUUUCACCAAAAUCAAAAAAGAAAUUUGACAUCUUGGUGACAACUCCGAACAGGCUGGUCUACAUCCUGCAGAAACAUCCAAACGUCAUCAAACUUGACAAUGUGGAGUGGCUGGUUGUGGAUGAGUCCGACAAGCUGUUUGAGGACGGGAAGAAAGGAUUCAGAGACCAGCUGGGUGUCAUUUACAAGGCCUGUGACUCAACUCAUGUGCGGCGAGCAAUGUUCAGUGCAACAUUCGCUUGUGAUGUGGAGGACUGGUGCAAACUCAACCUGGACAAUGUCGUGCAGGUGUACGUGGGACUAAGGAACUCAGCGACGGAGACAAUCCAGCAGGAGUUGGUGUUUGUUGGAACAGAGUCAGGGAAACUGCUGGCCAUCCGCAACAUGAUCAAGAAGGGCAUUGAGCCUCCAGUGUUGAUAUUUGUCCAGUCAAAGGAUCGGGCCAAGGAGCUGUUCCACGAACUUAUCUACGAUGGUGUCAAUGUCGAUGUCAUUCAUGCAGACAGAACCCAGUUAGAGCGUGACAAUGUUGUGAAGUGUUUCCGGAUGGGCAAAAUCUGGGUGUUGAUCUGUACAGAACUUAUGGGUCGCGGUAUUGACUUCAAGGGAGUGAACCUUGUCAUCAACUACGACUUCCCCUACAGCGCCAUCAGCUACAUACACAGGAUAGGUCGAACAGGACGUGCAGGUCGACCCGGUAGAGCCAUUACCUACUUCACACAGGACGACUCAGUGUAUCUCAGAAGCAUUGCUAAUGUCAUGAAGCAAGCUGGGUGUUCAGUGCCGGACUACAUGCUCCAGUUGGCCAGACCCAGCAAGAAGCACAGAAAGAAGCUUGCUCACACAGCCCCAAAGAGAAAAUCUGUGUCAACAGACUCGCAAUAUGACAUCGAGCAACGACAGAAACAAAAAGAAGAAAACAUGAAGUCUGUGUAUAAGAAAAAGCCCAGGCCAAAUAAGGAGAGCUCAACAACCAAUGGGGAAAAGAAAAGCCCUGUUACACAAUCAAAAGCAAACAAGAAACGGAGGAAGAAAAAUCCCUUAAAUCAGGAUGUCGAGAAAGCCUCUGGUUCAGGUCAGGAGACAUCUAAAGUUGGACAGGACAAGGGAGGUGAUGACACCGCCAGGAAGAUUUCAGGGAAGAUAACAUCAAGCAAGUCUGUGAAGCACAAAGGAAAGAAAAACAGAAAUAAUAAGAAAAUGAAAAAGAAAACAACAAAUCAAUGAAAUAGCAAUGGACCCAUGGAAUGUUUGAGUGUAUGAAUGAAAGGAAUGUUACAAAUUUGAAUCCUUAGAGAAAAUAUCACAUGCAAAUAAAUGUAUACAUACUUUACACAUGAUAAA